GGCAACCAUGCGUCUUGAUGGAAAAUGACCUUUUCAUAAUUCGACGGUCUUUCGCAACUCUACCCUCUCUACAUACGAACCGCCUUUCCAUUCUAUCAUUCGGGAAUCGGGCGCAGUCAGCAGCAGUCAGAGUCAGAUGCUCAAAUGGAUCAUUCGUGAUGAAGAAAAGAGACGCACGCCGCGACUGAACUGAGAGCAGCUGAGAGCUCCACGCUGUGCUCAGCAGUGCUCUUUCCUUCAGGCGUUUCGAAACAUUUUCGAACAAUUCGAGCGCGAUCGGGUGUUAUCGCGCCGAAAGGUGAAACCGUGGGCGUUUCGUACACGAAAUAUCUAUGGACGUAGUUGCACGCGCGCGCGAUCGUAGAUCUCCUCGACACCCACCGAAUUGCAUAGGGCAUGGCAAGUUCAUGCUUCAGUGAUGUGGACGAAUAUGGUUUCGAACGACCACACGACUUCGAUUAUGAAACAUACGAAGAUUUUAUGUCCGAGUACCUUAAGAUACUCGCAAAGAUGGCCAAAAAGUGGGCGAAAAUUAUCGGUGAGGGAAAGUCCCUACGAAGCAUUACGAUCAAGAAAUACGUUCGUAAAGGCAUUCCAGGGGAACAUAGAGGAUUGGUGUGGCUCGCUGUAAGCGGUGGUGAAGACAUGAAGAAUGCGUCGCCAGAUCUUUAUCAAAAGUUACUAUUAUCUCCUCAUAAUGCAGAAACCGCUGAGAUUAUUAAAACUGAUCUUCCAAGAACAUUUCCAGACAAUAUAUUCUUUAAUAAUACAGAGAAUCAGCAGCAUCAAUUAUACAAUGUUUUAUUAGCUUUUGCUCAUCAAAACAAAACUGUUGGAUAUUGCCAGGGUUUAAACUACAUAGCGGGUUUACUUUUGCUUGUAACAAAAAGCGAAGAAACAGCAUUUUGGUUAUUAAAAGUAUUGAUUGAUAAAAUUCUACCAGAUUAUUAUACAUGUACUAUGGAUGGCCUACUCACUGAUAUCGAUGUGCUCGCAGAAUUAGUAAGAAUAAAAAUGCCUGAUGUAUAUCAGCAUGUAACAAACGUAGGGCUGCCUUGGCCAGUAAUUACGACUAAAUGGUUUGUGUGUUUGUUUGCUGAAGUUUUACCUAUAGAGACUACUCUGCGUAUUUGGGAUUGUCUUUUUUACGAAGGUACCAAGAUUAUCUUCCGUGUCGCAUUGACACUUAUAAAAAGGAAUAAAUCUAAUCUAUUAGCUUGUCAAGAUUUUACAACGCUGGCUGAGUGUUUUAAGGAAAUUACGAAAGAUAGUAUUGUUUUACGAUGUCACGAGUUUAUGCAAAGUAUUUUUAAAGUACCUGGAUCACUGCCUGGAAACACGAUAGCAAAACUAAGAACAAAGCACAUGCAACAACGCAUAAAACGAAAACAAGAUAAGUUAGAACGAUAGUAUUAAUGACCAAUUUUUGUCACAUACACCGAAAUAUUCUAGUCUGUUGUUAUUCGUUAUGCAUCAUUUGCAAAAUGAAUGCAUAUAAUGCUGUAUUAUAUUGUUACUGCAUAAUUUUAUUUUGUACAUAUAAUGUUCAUUUAGCAAUGUAUGAUACAUUUACUCAAUUAUUUUUAAUUUAUCUUAGUUUUAUUAUUAUGUACACAAUA